AUGGAGUAUUAUGAGAAAGGUAAGCAGAUCCUGUUGGACUUAAUAGAAAGAGGCCCAAAGGCAAUAUUCGAAAGACUCUUUGGAAAGGACACAAACGUACUCUUUUUGGGAAUCGACAAUGCAGGCAAAACCACACUUUUGUUGCGUCUUAAAACGGACACAAUCCACACAGUUGCCCCAACGCAGUCCGUGCGGGAGGAGACCCUCCAAAUAGGGCACAUGAAAGUGACAAUAAACGACCUGGGAGGGCACGAAACAGCUAGGCUUGGGUGGAGUACGUACUUCAUACAGUCUCAGGGCAUAAUAUUUAUGGUAGAUAUAACAGACAUGGAUAGGUACCCCAUUGUAGCCGAAACAUUCGCACAGCUUGUCUAUGCCAUGGAGAAGUCCGGAAGAAAGUCUCUUCCAAUUGCAGUUCUCUUCAACAAAACAGAUAUGUGGCAGAAGGUGUGGGAGAUGAAGAACCCGUCAGCACCCGUUCCUGCCCUGGAUGAAGCCUACCUGAACUACCUGUGCAGCAUUCUGGGAAUUGUAACGGGAGACGGAGAGAACGGAAGACGCGUUUCAGCGAAUUACUGCAGCGUGGUAACAGACUCCAUUUCCACGCCCAAUAAAGGGUUUAUGCUGGCAUUUAAGUGGCUAGACAUAAUGAUUCGGGCAGAUAAAUAA